UUUGGUUAUAAACGUUAGAAAUCGCGGAUGUGAGUUUUUGGAGUUGUUUUUAAAUUUAUUAAAAAGCAAAUGUGCAUAUAUCCUCUUAUUCAACAGAGGGAGGUGGCAGAUUGUGGACUUGUGUUUAAUCCGAUUGCUUCUUGAUUUUGGGCAAUCUGGCAACCCAGCCUGUAAACUCUCCCCGCCCAUCAAACGACCAUGAGUGCAGACUGAAAUUCGACACACUUAAACUUUAAAUUUAUCUUUGAAUGUAUCAUUUAUAUUAUUGACAUUUGACCUUCUCAGCAAGUAAUUCCAUCCUGAUGAACAAUGACAGAAGUUAAAGUCAAAAAAGAGUCCACGGACCCGGUAGAUAUCGAGAAUAGGAUAAAAGAGUUGUGUCUGCAGUUUCCACAUGGGAUCACAGACCAGGUCAUCCAGAAUGACAUGCCUCACGUUGAGGUGCAGCAGCGGGCCAUGGCCAUCAACAGACUGCUGUCUGUGGGUCAAUUAGACUUGCUCAAAAACAGCAAUGGCCUUUUAUACAGGCUUAAGGAUGCUCAGUCUGCCAGUAAAGUAAAAGGCUCUGAUAACCAAGAAAAGCUAGUUUACCAGAUCAUAGAAGAUGCUGGAAAUAAAGGAAUUUGGACCAGAGACAUCAGAUACAAGAGUAACCUUCCACUCACAGAAAUCAAUAAAAUCCUCAAGAAUCUUGAGAGUAAGAAACUCAUCAAAGCGGUGAAGUCUGUUGCGGCCUCUAAGAAGAAGGUCUACAUGUUGUACAACUUGCAGCCGGACCGAUCUGUGACAGGAGGCGCCUGGUAUAGUGAUCAGGAUUUUGAGUCUGAGUUUGUUGAGGUUCUCAACCAACAGUGCUUUAAGUUCCUGCAAAGUAAGGCUGAAGCAGCGAGAGACAGUAAGCAAAGCCCCAUGGUGCAAAGAAACAGCUCAUUUGCCACCUCUCAUGAAGUGUGGAAGUACAUCUGUGAGCUCGGCAUCAGCAAAGUGGAUUUGUCCAUGGAGGACAUUGAGACCAUUCUAAACACGCUGAUCUUUGAUGGCAAGGUGGAGAUGACCAUAAUCGCUGCUAAAGAGGGAACAGUGGGGAGUGUAGAUGGACAGAUGAAGCUCUACAGGGGUGUGAAUCCCAUAAUUCAACCCACUGGCCUGGUCAAAACACCAUGUGGACUGUGCCCGGUUUUUGAUGACUGUCAUGAAGGGGGCGAGAUCUCUCCGUCUAGCUGUGUUUACAUGGCUGAGUGGCUGGAUUUCUGAAAAGCCAACCGGGUGUCUUUUGUUUUUCUCUGUGGAGAAAGCAUUUUUCAUGCAGCGGUUUGAUGCAACUGAAGAUAUCUUUUUAUUUAUGUUUUGAACAUUAAUGGCUUUAAUGACUCGAGCAGAACUACAUUAAGUGAAUAAGAAGCAGCUUCCAUCUGGUCGUCAGUGAAAUUUAGGCUGAUUUUCUUUUUCUUUUGUUUGUUAUUGCUUCUCUUCACCCACAGAUAU